AUGAGUGCCAAGAUGCGUUUUUCGAUGGAAGCAAUACUGUGCAAUCAUUUGGAAGAUAACGAAGAAAGUAAACGGCGCAAACGUCCACACGAAAAUGACUCGAAAAGAUGCAAAGAAUUAAAUGAUACAAAUUUACGAGUAAGCAAAAAACUCUUUCAUACGAAGUUCCAGGUGAGUACAAGUCCUGAUCCACCAGAAAGUUCAUCACUAAAUGCCUCCAGAAAUAAAGUUAUGCUUCUACAAUCUUCAACCACGCAACAAUUGCAUUUAGUUGAAAAUAAUUUUUACAGUGAAGAACAUAUCAGUGAUAAUAAUAAUGUAUGCUUGGUAAAUAUUGAAAAACAUUUUAAUAUAAAAAUGGCUAAAUAA